GGAAAAAACCGUACAAAGUAGGAGGAGUUUUGUCAAGCAGACGUGGCAGCACGUGACGUCAUCAACAUGCGUUUGUGAUUCUUCGACGAGCUCGUUCAGCUAGCAGCAGCUUCUCUGUGUUCUGGGCUGAAGUGUCGCUUUAAAGUUGAGACAAUGAUGGAAGAGUCCAGGAUUGAGACCACGCCACCCAUCAGCCCGAUGACACCUCAGUGUGUGGCUGCUGUAGUCAGUGGAACAUCUGUGACCACAGGUCUGCCGAGCAGCAGCAACCCCCCCUCCGUUGGCCCACAGUCGGUCUGCACUCCUCCUCCACCUGCUCACUCGCCUCACACCUUCACCAGCCCCCUGGCACCAUCUCCCGCCUUCUCCGCUCAGUUCACUUCGCCUUCCACACACAAAGUCCCCUUUACCUGCAGUUCCUUUCCUGCUUCUUCUCCAUCUGCGCCUCCUCUGGUGUCCUCUGUCAGACCGCCGCCCCCCUUGGCUCCUGGUCUUUCAGCCCCUCCUGUAGGCCCGCCCAUAUCCAGCUUCUCUAUGAGUGCAGCUUAUGACAUCACACGCGGCCAUGCUGGUCGAGCACCACAGACGCCUCUGAUGCCUUCGUUCUCCAGUCCCGCUGCAAUGCCAGAUGCUGUUUCCAGCCCCAUGGUUCAACAGCCGGUGAUGUCAGCAGGCUUGGAUAGCGGCUCUGCUAUCACUUUCCCAGAGGAACAGGAAGAUCCCAGAGUCUCUGGUAAUCUCCAACCUGGUGGAGGCAUCUGGGGCUUCUUCAAGGGAGUGGCAGGAAAUCCUGUUGUGAAGACGGUCCUGGACAAAACCAAGCACUCUGUAGAGUCCAUGAUCACCACUCUGGAUCCCGGCAUGGCUCCCUACAUCAAGUCUGGUGGGGACAUUGGUGUUGUGACUUCAGACAAGGAGGGCAGUGUGGAAGCAGUCAGGGACGCCUUUCAGGAGGUGUUUGGCAUGGCCAUGAUAACUGGAGAACCCGGUCAGUCCAAUAUAGCCCCUCAACCUGUGGGCUACGCCGCCGGUGUCAAGGGGGCGCAGGAGUACAUUGACAGCCUGCGACGUGCCGGAGUGAUCCAUGAAAAGCAACCAGUGGUCUCUUUGGAAAACUUUAUCGCUGAGCUCUUCCCUGAGAAGUGGUUUGACAUCGGAUGUUUGAUCCUGGAGGACCCUGGUCACAGCAUUCGAAUCGAGGUCUUCACUCAGGCAACCCCUGUGGCUCUAGAGCACGUCCAACAGGCUCAGUCCUUGACCCCACCUGACUACAACCUGCGCUGGUCGGGUCUGAUUGUGACGGUGGGUGAAGUCCUGGAGCGUAACCUGCACAUUAACCGAACAGACUGGCAUCAGGCCAUGACAGGGAUGAGCCAACGGCAGAUGAUCCGGGAUGCUGCCAAAGCUCUGGCUGGACUCUACAAACGGCAGCUGACAGCUCUGACUGCGUGAGGCCGUGUUCCUGUUCCAGGUUCUGACACAUACCGGGACACGGUGGACACAAACCCAGUUAGCAGGACUCGCAGCCUUUGAUGGCUAACACACUUCUUUUUCUUUCUUUUUUUUAUUCCCUGUAUGAAGUCAGAUGUACAUUUGUUUUGAAGUAUGAAUGUUUGUGGACAGAGA